CGCCAUGGUCAGAUCAGAGGGCUUUGACCAAUCAACGCUGAGCUCCCGCCUUCGUUUGGGAGGAAGUGGGCCUGUUAUUGGUCGGCAUAACGCGGUGGGCUGGACAUCAGGCAUCACAACAUCUGCGGCAGUUCAGUUGCCGUGUCUGAUUUUGAGGUGAAAGAACGCACCUGAACGUACAGGAUGGACCUGGUUCUGGACGUGGCGGACCGAUUCUUCUUCACGCCGUAUGUGUACCCUGAGUCAUGGCCGGAGGACGAGCCGCUGCGGCAGAUCAUCGGCCUGCUGGUCGUGACCAACCUGGGCGCCGCCGUGCUCUACCUGGGCCUGGGUGCCCUCAGCUACUUCCUCGUAUUCGACCACAACCUCAUGAAGCACCCACAGUUCCUACCGAACCAGGUCCGGCGUGAGAUUAAGUAUGCAAUGACAUCUCUGCCCUGGAUAAGUCUUCCGACUGUGGCGUUGUUCUUUGCAGAAGUACGGGGAUACAGCAAACUUUAUGACAACGUUCACGACUCACCCAUGGGUUGGUCAGGGCUGAUCUUUAGCAUGGUCUCUUUUCUCUUCUUCACGGACGGGUGCAUCUACUGGAUCCACCGCUUCCUCCAUCACAGACUCAUCUAUAAGCACUUCCAUAAGCCGCACCACGUGUGGAAGAUCCCAUCCCCGUUUGCCAGCCACGCGUUCCACCCCGUGGACGGCUUCCUCCAGGGCCUGCCCUACCACAUCUACCCCUUCCUCUUCCCCCUGCACAAGGUGCUCUACCUGGGCCUCUACGUCUUCGUCAACAUCUGGACCAUCUCCAUCCACGACGGAGACUACCGCGUCCCCCACGCCCUGCAGCCCGUGGUCAACGGCUCGGCCCACCACACGGACCACCACCUCUUCUUCGACUACAACUACGGGCAGUACUUCACGCUGUGGGACCGCAUCGGCCGCUCGUACCGCUACCCGUCGGCGCUGGAGGGGAAGGGCCCGAUGGACUGCGUCCGCAGGAUGCUGGAGGCGGGGCGGGGCGGCGAGGAGCGCACACACAACGGAGGAGCCAAGGACAAAGGAGCGUAGACCAGAGGACCACAUCACGUCGCCAUGGACACGGGAGCGUAGACCAGAGGACCACAUCACGUCGCCAUGGACACGGGUCAACAAAAGCACAGAAUAACUUCUAGUCUCCUUUAAAUCUGCCACAGCACUUACAGAACGCACGUAAAACUCUCAAUUCAUUACCCAGCCCGAGGAGAAGUUUCCACACACGCAGCUGUGGAGGGGAGAAGAAAGAGGAAGGCACGUAGGGACACUGAAACAGAGAGAAUCUCUAUGACGGGGAACUGAUAAGCAGUCAAAUAAAAGUUAAACUAGUUUAUUCUUCUUUUGAAAGUUGAUUUCAAAACAUCCUGAACUUUAUAUUGUCACUUAUGUUUCCCCUUGACCAAUCAGUUUUUAAUUACUGUGUAAUUGAUUCAGUCAGUCAGUUAAAGGUCCUAUAACCAAUUUUAGAUGCCCACAUGGUAUAAAAGGCUUGUGUUUAGACCAGCUGCGUUCCUGUAAGGCAGUAAUGAUGUUUGUUCCCUUGGUGACGAUGACAAAUCUUCUGUUGCACACACACACACACACACCAGCUUGCAUGAGGACACCCAGGGUAUCAGGUAUUCAGAACUGAGAGACCGGUGGGGGGUGUAGAACUUUAACGGGGGUGGGAGGGGGUGUAAAUAUUUGGACUUUGUGUUGUGUCCACACACACACACUCACACACACACACAAGUUGAUUUUCCUAGAUUUUGCUAUGCACUGAGUGCUUUUGCCAAAUGUGAUACCAUAAGGACUGUACUCCCAUCUUUGUGUUUGUGAUGUUUCUCCUCAUAGUCAGGAUGCAUAUAAAACCAGCAUAAACAUUAGUUACACAUAAACAUUACAGUUAAGCAGGGUGGUUCAAUAUAAAACCGGGAUAAACAUUACAGUCUUCCGGUACAUGGAGGAAAGAAAGGGAACUGCGAGAGUGGAAUGAUUUGUUGGUUUUAUUUUUUUAAUUUUUUCAGAUGUGUACUUUUAUUAUUGAUUUAAAUGAUGCUCAAUUGCCAAGCCAUUUCUUUCAUUUUGAGUAGACUAUGAGGACCAGGUUGGAAGAAUUAUGUUUUAGAAUGUCAGAUUAUGUUGCUUUUAAUCUUUUGGAGAUUCAGAGAUUAACGGUCCUGUCAGUUCGGCUUCAGACUAACAGAGCGGUUGUUUUCAUUGUGCUGUUGGGAUCGUCAGGCAUGGAGAAAAACAUGCUUUAAAUAAAGUCAAGAAAAACUA